CACAUUAAUCCUCAUCAAAAUUACAAUGGCCUUCACUUUCUCUGGCCAUUUCUUAAUUUUCAGCAUCAUUACUCUUGCAUUCAUUUCAUUCCAAACUGAAGCUGCCAUCAAGAAGUACCAGUUCAAUGUUGUGGUGAAACAUGUAAGCAGACUAUGCCAUGCGAAACCGAUUGUUACAAUCAAUGGGAAGUUCCCCGGGCCGACAAUUUAUGCCCGAGAAGGCGAUAGAGUUAUCAUCAAUGUCACCAACUAUGCUCAGUAUAACAUGUCUAUCCACUGGCAUGGGAUAAAGCAAUUGAGAAAUGGAUGGGCAGAUGGACCAGCAUAUAUCACACAGUGUCCUAUAAAAAGUGGAAGCAGUUACAACUAUGACUUCAACAUCACAGGCCAGAGAGGGACUUUGUGGUGGCAUGCUCACAUUCUAUGGCUACGUGCAACUGUUCAUGGUGCCAUAGUUAUCAUGCCUAAACAUGGAGUUCCUUAUCCUUUCCCACAACCUGAUCAAGAAGCUAAAUUAAUCUUAGGAGAAUGGUGGAAUGAGGAUGUUGAAGUUGUUGAAACUACAGGAAGCAAGCUUGGAUUGCCACCUAAUAUUUCAGAUGCUCACACAAUCAACGGAAAACCGGGCCCUCUUUUCCCUUGCUCUGACAAACAUACUUAUGCAUUGGAGGUGGAACAUGGGAAGACAUACCUCCUAAGAAUCAUCAAUGCUGCACUCAACGACGAGCUUUUCUUCGCCAUCGCUGGCCACAACAUCACCGUAGUGGAAAUCGAUGCAGUCUACUGCAAACCAUUCACAACCGACGCAAUCCUCAUCACCCCAGGGCAAACCACUAAUGUCCUUCUCCAUGCUAACCAAGCCCCGGGCCGAUACUUCAUGGGUGCAAGGCCUUUCAUGGAUGCUCCGAUCAUCGUUGAUAACAAGACGGCAAUCGCAAUUCUUCAAUAUAAGGGUGUCCCUACAACUGUCCUUCCCCUUCUUCCUAACCUCCCUAAACCUAAUGACACAACCUUUGCAUUAAAUUAUGCUCAGAAACUAAAGAGUCUCAACGCUCCACAAUACCCUGCUAAAGUCCCACUCACCAUUGAUCGCCAUCUUUUUUACACUAUUGGAUUAGGAAUAAACCCUUGUGCAACUUGUCUCAAUGGCACUAAACUCAUUGCAUCCCUUAACAACAUAACCUUUGUCAUGCCAAAGAUUGGUCUUCUUCAAGCUCAUUACUUCAAUAUCAAGAAUGUUUUUCGAUUGGAUUUCCCUGAUAAACCAAAAACAACAUUCAACUUCACAGGAGCACCAUUAACAGCAAACCUUGGUACAUCACAAGGCACAAGGCUCAGCAAAUUGGCAUUCAACACUACAGUUGAGCUGGUGCUUCAAGACACCAGCCUUUUAAGUGUAGAGUCUCAUCCUUUCCACCUCCAUGGCUACAACUUCUUUGUUGUUGGUCAGGGGAUUGGAAACUUUGAUGCCAAUACUGAUCCGGCAAAGUUCAACCUCUUCGAUCCGCCGGAGAGGAACACUGUUGGUGUUCCAACUGGAGGAUGGACUGCAAUCAGGUUUAGGGCUGAUAAUCCAGGAGUUUGGUUCAUGCAUUGUCAUUUGGAAGUUCAUACAACCUGGGGAUUGAAAAUGGCAUUUGUUGUGGAGAAUGGAGAUGGACCAGAGCAAAGUAUGUUGCCUCCUCCAAAGGAUUUGCCACCUUGUUGAGAGUGAGAUGAAUGUUUUUAUUUAGACAGUUUACUGUGAAGAAGGUUGAGGUUUCUAAAUUGAUGUUUUGACAAUAUACGAAGUUGAAUUAAUUUGGUGUGGAUAAUAAACACAAGUGAUUGUGUACUUAAGUUUUUGCUUGAAAAGUGAAGAAUUUCCACUUGGUUCUGUA